UCGCGUAGCUGCUUCUGGCUGUGUCUUAAAAAUUGUGCUGCACAAAAUUGGGAUUAGCUGAAUGAGGCAAGGCCUAUUGUCUAAACUUUCAGUUUGUCAUCAUUGAUUACUCUUCAGUUCUGAACGCAACUAUCAAACCCGGUGAUGCUAGAGGCGGAAAAUUUGUAUUUAUAAGUUUAUGAAGAAGUAAAUAAACCUUCUUUUUUAGUGACAUGGUUUUCUUAUCCCCUACUCUCACUCUGUUUACAACAUGCCAACGGCAUGCUUUAAUCAAUCUUGAAUCUUAAAUUUCCGAUAUUUCACUGAAAGUGGUGUGCCAAGCCAACUCGCGCGCGCGUCUGUCUGGCCGCUGGCGGUUUGCGCCGGUUGGAUCGCGCGACUGUACAAAUCAACAGGUUUCGCCGCGUCGCGUCGCGUUGCGGGCGUUCGUCUCGGCUCGCCGGUUUUCUCGACGGAUUUCUAAAUUUCAAUUUGAGGAUAGCUUGAUGACCGCAGAACUGCAGCAGUGCUUAGGUGUUUCAUCUUAGGAAGUUCGUUCGAAGAAGAUUACAUCCUAUUUGAGUGCGCCGCGUCGUCACGACAGCAACAACAACAACAACAAGACCGGCGCCGCCAUGGAGAGAAAGGUGGUCGCCGCCUCCGUCUGACAGAGCGUUCCCGCUGCGUUCCCCCACCCCCCGCCUCCGCACCGGACCAGCACGCCUCUCAGGACACCAUGGGGCGCAAGAAGAUCCAGAUCUCCCGGAUCACGGACGAGCGGAAUAGACAGGUGACCUUCAACAAGCGCAAGUUCGGCGUGAUGAAGAAGGCGUACGAGCUGAGUGUGCUGUGCGACUGCGAGAUCGCACUCAUCAUCUUCAGCUCGUCCAACAAGCUGUACCAGUACGCGUCCACCGACAUGGACAAGGUCCUGCUCAAGUACACGGAGUACAACGAGCCCCACGAGUCCCUCACCAACAAGAACAUCAUCGAGGCAUUAAACAAGAAAGAACACAAAAACGGGAACUGCAGUCCAGACAGCCCGGAGCCUGACACGGAGUUCUCACUCACGCCCAGAACAGAAGCCAAAUAUUCAAAAAUUGACGAGGAGUUCCACCAAAUGAUGAUGCAUCGUCCCCUGAACGGUUCACGGGUGCCCAUGCCCCAGUCCAGCUACACCCUGCCUGUGUCCGUGCCGGUGAGCUACAGCGACGCGGGCCUGCUCCAAGCCAGCCCCCAGAUGGCCCACACCAGCGUCAGCCCGCGGCCGUCGUCCUCGGAGACGGACUCGGUGUACGGCGCGGCCGGCGGCAUCCUGGAGAUGAGCAACGGCUACCCCAACUCGUCCAGCCCGCUGGGGGAGUCGCCGCCGCCGCCCGGCGCGUCCCCGGGCAAGGGCAAGCACUCGCCGCGCCUCCGCGUCCUCAUCCCCAGCCAGAGCCAGGCCGGCCAGCCCGGCCACGCGCUGCAGCACGACGGCGAGGACGUGGCCGCCGACUCGUGCCAUUCCAACGGCGAGCGCCUGUUCGACGAGCAGUCCUUCCACGGCCACUGUGGCGCCAGCUCACUGAUGUCGGGCCUGCCUCGGCCGCCCCUGCACUUGCAGACGUCCUCCCUGGCCGGCAUGCCCAGCUACUCGUCCUCCUUGACGUCGUUCGGCGCGCAGGACUUCAGCGUGGGCCACGGCGGCGACAUGGGCCUGGGCCUGAGCAGCUGGUCGCACCACCACUCCCACUGCGGCAGCGUGCCGCAGGUCGCCGUGUCGAGCAGCACGCCGCCGCCCAGCCACUCGCCGCUGCCGCUGCCCCUGAGGAUCAAGUCCGAGCCCAUCUCGCCGCCCCGGGACCCCGGCAGCACCCUGUCGGCCUCGCACGGCGCGCACGGGCCCCCGGGGCCCGGCCCCGUCGCCGUGCCCGUGCCCGUCGCCGCCCAGCAGCCCCACAUCCAGACGCUGUCCAUCUCGGGGCUCGGCGGCGGCAGCUCGGGCCACGUGGUGCUCCCCCUGCAGCCGAUGACCCACCCCAUGAGCCACGCCAGCCACGCGCACACCUCGCCGCGGCCAAGCUCGUCUGGCCACCUGACCCCCAUCCCCACUGCAGGAUCGAUAACCCCGACCAAUAUCGCGUCCCCCGGCGACGCGCGGCUGGACGCGCGGCUCGACGCCAGGCACGACCACAGCCACGGCCACGGCAGCCCCGACUACGAGUCCGGCCCCCUGCAGAAGCGGUCCCGCAUGGCCGAGGGCUGGAGCUCAUAGUAUCAGGCGUCUUGGCCCUGGCAGCAGCGGCAGCAGCGGCAGCCCACCGCGUGCCACGAGCCUGCCAUGGGCCAAGGCCCGGGCCAAGGCCCCUACGAGCGCUACCGGGAGAUCACGGGAUGAAGAUGAAGAAAGUACAAAUCUUUUUCCAGUGUAGUGCUGCUGCCUGUGCGUGUGGCGUGUGCCACCAGUCGCCGCUUCUGCGGACACAGGACACAGGGACAGGGACCACUGGAGGUCGACAGGGAGGGUUUCUAGUGGAUCAAAACUAAGUCAAGGUGCUCUCACUGCCCAGCGAAAGACUCGAAGGGACAACGCUGAGUGAAGUGUCUUUGUAAUAUGAUAUUUGGCGCCCAUUGACAGUGGUGGGUGCUGGGACAUGAGGGGCGAAUAUGAUCCCAAAAUGUGUGUACUUAAAGAGUCAUAGAACAGUAAGAUAUGUCAAAUGAUGAGAACAAUGUAUGAGUGAAUGAGGCUAAGUCUUGUGAUUUGUAAUUUUUUUUUCUGUAGGAGAGUGAGUUUGUUUGAUUUCGAUUUGUUUUAAUUACAAUCCUUGUAUGUUUGUGUGGAUUAUUUUAUCUUCCUUUUUUAAGGUGUUACCUUUUUUCUUUCAUACAGAAUUUUAUUUACUUGUUUAUAUCUAUUCUAUAUAUUAUGAACGUUCUUCUGUAGAAAUCUAUGUGUGCAUACCUACCAUAUCCCCUUAAUUAUUUUCAAAAUAGCAAACGGUUUUUCUAGACUCCUAAUUUUAUGAAAAGAUCCAGCACAAAUAUAUGUAAAGUAAAACCAAAUAUUAGUGGUGCAAAUUAAUUGAUUUGUGAUCAUGUAGGAAUUUGUAAAUUGUUAUGUAUUGAUUUUGGUGCCAUAUCCAGUCUUGUCUGAGUAUGUAUGUAAGUCAUUUGAGUGAUUCAGAUUGAAUGUUCUUCAUGCCUUGUUAAUGAUUUGAUAUUUGUAUAAAAUUAUAGGUUCUUCAAGUUUUACUUUUGAGAUUUGGUAUUUUUGUUUCAUAAAAUGUUUGAAUUGUUAUUGAAAGUGAAGAAUCUUCAUUAUGAAUGAAGGGAUGUGUUCAAAACUUUCAUGUUCAAGUUUUCACUGUAGGCUGUGUUAAAACCCUAUUCUGUCAGAUUAGAUGUAAAUAAUUUGUAAAGAUGUUAAGAAAGUCGUGUCAGUCUUCAAGUGUUUGGGACCCAUGUAGUCACUGAUUGUGUUAAACAGACUCCAAAACUUACCUCCUGACUAUUUGAAGUAGGCAUUGUUGUGGAGUUUGUCAGUUUCAACCUGCAAAACUGACUGUAUGUCCUUACAGUCACUGUAUUAGAAGUAUAGAUGCAUGUUCUCUAAAAGAAAUCUUCCUAAUUAGUUGCUCAAGCAGCAGUAUAUUAAACAGUCCUUUUUAUAGUGUAUUCUGAAGAUUGUGAUGUUCUUGCCACAUCUUGUUCAUUGCCGGAGAAUCGUUGUUGCUGCUAGUAAUCAUAAUUAGUAGUUUAUUGUUAUCAAUAUAUUGAACUUGCCUGGAAUCCGUUUUCUCUUCAUCCACGUGCCAUCACACACCAUUCUGUCAUCGUAUCCAUCCCAUACGCUUAUCUGUGUAAAAUUAAGGUAUUAUCGAAUAAACAACUAGAUAUCCAGCUGAA